AAGCUUCUGCUGUGAUGUCAGGCGCACAGCCUUUUUCCAAGCUUGCUGUGGAAGCGGCACUUUACGAACGACACGCCGGUGAAACUGCUGCCCGGUUCACUCACAUCCAGAACCAAAUCUUCAGCGGAAAAGUGUCUCCAUUAGCUGCAAACCAUCGGUUUUGUCCCAGGCAUGGCUGUGAACGUGUACUCGACUUCAGUGACAAGUGAAAACCUCAGCCGCCAUGACAUGCUCACAUGGAUAAACGAGUCUUUACAGAUGAGCCAUGCCAAGAUCGAGCAACUGUGCUCAGGCGCUGCUUACUGUCAGUUCAUGGACAUGCUCUUCCCAUCAUGUCUUCCACUGAAGAAAGUCAAAUUCCAGGCCAAACUUGAGCAUGAAUACAUCCAUAACUUCAAACUCAUUCAAGCCAGCUUCAAAAAGAUGGGAGUUAGCAAAAUUAUUCCUGUUGACAAGCUUGUGAAGGGCAAGUUCCAGGAUAAUUUUGAGUUUGUGCAAUGGUUUAAGAAGUUUUUUGAUGCAAAUUAUGAUGGGAAAGAAUAUGAUCCGGUGGCAGCUCGACAGGGACAGGACAUGCCUGCCAAUCAGAGUCCAGCUGCAGCUACAGCUAACAAACCAAAGAAACCCAGCUCCGACACGGGCAUCUCACGUGCAGUCAAGCCAAUGGCCCCUGUUGCUCCACAGCGUUCAGCCACAACACCUAAAACUGCACCUAAAACAUCUCCAGCUGCAACACGAGGCACAGGAACAGCCGGCGGCGGUGAUGAAGAGAAGGGAGCACUCACUCAGAUGAUAAAUGACCUGAAGGCCACUAUUGCUGACAUGGAAAAGGAAAGGGAUUUCUAUUUUGGCAAACUGAGAAACAUUGAGCUCAUCUGCCAAGAGAAAGAGGGUGAGGGUGAUCCUACACUGCAAAGGAUUGUGGAUAUCCUGUACGCGACAGAUGAUGGUUUUGUAAUUCCAGAAGAUGAAGUAGGAGAACCAGAGGAGUUUUGACCAAUCCAGGGGUGACGUUUUUUAAAAAAAUUACCCAUCUGGACACACAUGUACAUACAGGCUGAUUCCUGCUGUUGUGCUGCACUUGCCUUUGGUCCUUAACUUUGGACUUUGACUUUUUGAAUGUCUUUUUAUUCAGGGAAGUUCUAUACCUUGAAUUUUCAGCUUUUUUUUUUUUAUUUACCAUCAAAACAAAAUUAUUUUUGUGAAUGAAAAAUAAAGUACUUCUCAAAGGCUGUUUGUAUAAAGCAGUCCACUGAGUUCUGACUUGCCACCAGUGACUAAACAUACCCAAGGUAUUUUAUUCUAUCACGAACAAGCUGUUCUGAUCCAUUCAUUCUGUAUUUAAACAUACAGGUCCAACAGGGUAUGCUUUGUUGUUACCUACUUUCUGAUCUGUACAUUUGACUACUAGUUGGCCAGUUGUCACUUCCUCUAAUAUGCUCUGAAGCAGGAUGUGUGUCAACCUUUUGCAUUUCCCUUUCACAAGCACACAAGACCAUGAGGAACCACUUGACAGUCAUGAGAGGCUUUGGGUUUGUCUUAACUAGCCAAAGCUGUUGAGCUGCAAAUACCACCAUCUUCAGGCAGCUUUUGAUGCAAAAUCUGACAAAGUUACGCAGUUUUUUUGUUGCAUGCUUAAUUUUACACGUAGCAACCUUUUUUAUAUAUAAGAAUAAAAGUACACUGUAAAGUACAACGUA